UCAUAUUUUGCUACUUUUCGUGUAAAUGAUUUUUUUUUCAACAAGUCAAAAUUUUUUUUUCUUUUUCUGAUAAACAUUGUUUUGUGACCCUUGACCACACACAUAUAUGUAAACACACAAAGUCUAUUUACACAUAUCCGGCCUAGUUGAACUCAAAAUGUGAAAUUUCCUGCUUCCUGAAAAUAUCGUUUUUGUCAAACAAACCAACAAACAAACCAGCUUAAUGAAUAAAAAAAUGCAAUUAAUAAACAGAAUCAUGUCAUCCACACAUCAACACUUGAUGAUGACUAUUUCAAAUAUUUUAAUUGCUCAUCUCAUAAUAUUCAAUGGUCUCAUUUUUGUUGAUUGUCAACAACAACAACAACAACCACAACAACAGUAUAGUUUAAAAAUCUAUCCAAAUGUUGGAUCAUUAUCAAAACCAUCGAAUCAAAAAUUUGUUAUUACAUGUAAAGGACAAGGUGGUGAUUCAAAUUUAUUUUCCGAUCUUUAUUGGUUUACACCGAAAAAUGAAGAAAUUAAUCCAAUAUUUUUAGAACGACAUCCAGAAUUCAAAACAAUCAAUCGUGAUGGUAAUCUAUUUCUUAGUUUUGAUAAUCCUAAACCAGAACUGAGUGGUAUUUAUAAAUGUCGUGGUCUAUUACAAAAUUCUGAAUCACUUGAAAGUCAAAUUAAUGUCAAUAUUUAUGAGGAUGUAACAUGGGAUCAUUGUCCUGAAAUACAAUAUCUAAUCAAAGGAAAUGUUGGUGAAAGAAUUAAUUGUCGUGCUAGUGCCAAUCCAAAACCAAAUGUUAUAUGGACAAAAGAAGGAAGACAAUUGGAUAGUAAUCCAAGAUAUUUAAUCAAUUCCAGUGGUAUAAUCAUAAAAGAUCCAAUUACUGAUGAUGAUGGAGGUUUGUUUCAAGUAAGCGCAUUAGUAACCGAAACAGGAUCAACACAGGAAAAACGAAUUACCGUACAAAUCUAUUCACGGCCAAUGGUCGAAAAAAUAUCCGAACCACGUUUCGGUAUUGAAAAUGAACAAAUUGAAUUGAAUUGUGAAGCGUCCGGUGUUCCACAACCAUUAUACACCUGGUUGGAUAAUAAUCGAAGAAAUUUAAGUUCAGUUGGUGGUUAUGCUGUGGAUCGUAAUACCGGUACGAUUAUAAUUAAUCGAUUGAAAAAACAUGAAGAUGAAGGAAAUUUUACCUGUAUUGCUGAAAAUUCGGCAGGUAAAAGUGAAAAAUCAACAAAUUUACGUGUAUAUCAACGACCUGAAAUAAAAAGUUUUCGUAAUGAAAGUUAUGAUCAAUAUCAACGUUCAUAUUUAGAAUGUCGUGUGAUUGGAAUACCAAUACCAAUGAUUACUAUACGUAAAAAUGGUCUAACACGUCCAUUUAUACAUGGUGAUCCGGGUAUUGUAUUGGAAGAACGUAUGGAUAAACAUGAAAAAGUUUUAACAUUAACCUAUUUGAAUACGACCAGAGAUGAUGAUGGUCUUUAUUAUUGCCGAGCGGAAAAUGAUGCCGGUUUUGCUGAAUUAGUUGGACAUUUGGAAGUAAAAUUCAGUCCAAACAUGUCAUUGACUCCAAUGACCAAUGUCAAAACCUGGGAUAAUCGACCAGUCAAUAUGACUUGUAUUGCCGAAGCAAUACCAAAUGCAACAAUAAAAUGGUAUAAAAAUGGUUAUGAAAUUUUCGAUAAUGAUGUAUAUCGUCAACAAUUAUCGGCUGAUGGUAUUAGUAAAUUAUUUAUUACACCAACAAAAUCUAUCUAUGAUGAACAGGUAUUUGGUAUAUAUCGAUGUGAAGCAACAAAUUCAUUGGGAAAAAAUUAUAUCAAUAUACAAUUGGAUCGUGCAACUGUUCCGGGUUUAGUAAAUGAUAUAAAAAUUAUCGAUAUAGCUCCAACACAAAUUAGAUUUAAAAUUUAUAAUGAUCUUUUUGAUGGUGGUAUGCCAAUCAAAAAAUUACAUAUUGUUUAUUAUGAAAAAUAUGAUCAAUUUGAUCAUCAAACCAAAGAGCUUCCAUUUUCAAAAUUAGAAAAUGAUUAUAUUAUUGAUAAACUUAAACCAUUUACAAUUUAUUCAUUUCGUUUUGCUGCCGAAAAUGAAGUUGGUAAAGGACAAUUUGGCCAAGAACGACAAAUACAAACAAAAGCAGAAACUAAACCAGAUAAACCGGAAUUUCAUAAUCUUCCAUUUGAUAUUAUAAAUCGUGAUGAAAUUAUAUCACCAUAUCCACAUAAAUUCACAGUCAUGUGGAAUAUGCCACCCGAUAAUGGUCGACCUAUCGAAUAUUUUGAAAUUCGACAUUAUCCAAUUCUUCGUACAGAAUUUGGUUUUACACCAUUACAUGAACCGAUUAUCAGUAAAAUAUCUGUUUAUCAUGAUGAAAUGACAUCAAAAACAUUGACCAAAUUAAAAUCCGAUUCAUAUUAUCGUGUCGAAUUAAGAGCAUAUAAUUCAUUAGGUUUUUCUGAACCAUCCAGUAUUAUAUUCAAAACACCGCUAUCAGAUUUUCCCGAUCAAGAUUAUUCAAUGGAUGAAUUAAAUGAAGGAAAAUUAUCAUUUCCACUUGGUAUUAUGGCUGCAUUCAUUAUGAUAUUUGUCAUAUUGAUUUUAAUUAUUAUGGAUCUGGUAUUUUAUUGUCGAUACAAAGUUGGUGUAAUCUAUUUUCUACGUACACAUGUUUGUAAUAUUAAUACUGAUGAUCAAAAUAAACUAAAUAAUAUGAUGGUUGCCAAUAUGGAUGACAAUCCAAAAUAUCAAUCCAGAAAUAUAGUCAACACAAAUAAUCGACCAACUGUGAUCGAUACGACGACGACGACGACGACGAAUGGUAGACAAAUUGAAGUUGAUAAUCCAGCAUUCGAUAGUAGUAAUGGUUAUGCAACCAAAUCACCAAAUGGUGAAAAUACAACAUUGCUAACCAAUAAUAAUCCAAAUGGUGAACGAGAAAGAUUCGAACAACAUCAACAACAACAGAUGAGAAGGGAUCAAGAUAGUGUGGUUUAAUCGACAACAACAACAACAAAAAUCAACGACCUUAAAUCGAUAUCCGAUCAAUAUCGCUCUGUGUGUCUCAUGAUGAUCU